UCCAAGAUGAAGCUUUUUCAAGUCCUAGCCGUAACACUUUUCCUAACAGGCAUGGUAGCGUGCCAGGAGAAGUGCGACAAAAACAACAAGUUCUGUUUUCCCAACGCUGUGCAAACCUGGAACGGAGCCGUGGAGUACUGCACCAGAAACGGUUGGAUGCUGGCUGUGGUGAAUAGCGAAGCCAAGCAAAAGAAGAUCGAAAGCUUGGCCAACAAGUUGGACGCCGUCAAAAGUGGCAAGGUGGAACUGUGGAUCGGUGCCAACGAUCUAAACAAGGAGGGACAUUUCGUGUGGAAUGGCAACGGGAAGCCGGUGGCGUAUUCGAAAUGGUUGCCCGGUAAGCCGGACAACAAGAAUGGCAAGGAACACUGUGUCCAUCUGUGGUACGAGAAGGCGAAGAACUUAAACUGGGGCUGGAACGAUGUGGUUUGCUCCUCCAAGCGACGGUUUGUGUGCGAGAGGAAGAAGCUGUGAAUGUGGCUUAGGACAGACUAAAUGACCAAGUUUGCGGGGUGAAAUAAAGGUUAAUCAUCACUGGUGUAGGGUCAUCAGCAACGUUGCUAGGUCAUUUUAAGAAAAAUCUGAAUCAGUUAAAAUAUAAAAUCUAGAAAAAUC